GCUCAUCUUAAAUAAAUUGAAUUCUAAAAAUCGGGAACAACCUCAGGAUUUAAAUUGUCAUGUUGAUGAUUUCUGUUCCAAAUUUGUUUCUUCAGAUAUUUAUGGCAAUAAUUCAAUGAUAUCAGGUUUGGGUCGUGAUGGAAAAGUUCAAGAGGCCAGGAAUGUGUUUGAUAAAAUGCCAUACAAAGACAAUGUCUCUUAUGCUUCCAUGAUUACUGUUUACUUGAAAAAUGAUGAUCUAAGAAAUGCUGAAAAGAUCUUCCAAAUAGUACCUGAAGCCGAAGCUAGUGUCGUAGUUAAUUCUGCCAUGAUUGAUGCUUAUGCCAAAGCAUGUCGGAUGGAAGAGGCCUGUCGUGUUUUUGAUGAGAUGCCAGAGAGAAAUGUUUACUCGUGGACGAGUUUGAUAUCAGGGUAUAUAAGAAUUGGACAAAUUGAUGAAGCGCGAAGGCUUUUCGAUCAAAUGCCUGACAAAAGCGCUGUUACUUGGACCACAAUGAUUUUGGGUUAUGCUCGGAGUGGUUUGAUUAUGGAAUCGAGGGAAUUAUUUGAUCAAAUGCCUGAGAAAAAUGUUGUUGCUUGGACUUCUAUUGUAAAAUCUUAUGUGGAAAACAAGCAGAUCGAUGAAGCCCGGAAAUUGUUUGAUAAGAUGCCAUUUAGGAAUUUAUAUUCUUGGAAUAUAAUGAUAUCUGGUUAUUUGGACAACAAGAGAGUUGGAGAAGCUAUUGAGCUUUUUAGAGUAAUGAUGCCUCAAAGUAAUGCAGUUACUUGGACUAGUAUGGUUACAGGUUUGGCAAAAAAUGGACUGAUCAAAGCUGCAAGAGAGUAUUUUGAUCAGAUGCCUAAAAAAGAUGUAGCUGCAUGGAAUGCAAUGAUCACGGCAUAUACUGACGAUGGUCUCAUGAUUGAGGCAAAUGAGCUUUUCAAUUUAAUGCCAGAGAAGAAUGCAGUAUCUUGGAAUGCUGUAAUUACUGGUUACGCCAGAAAUGACCCAGGCUAUGAGGCGUUGAAGCACCUAGCUCUGAUGCUUCGUACCUGUUAUAGGCCAAAUGAUAUUACUAUAACCAGCGCCCUGACUGCUUGUGAGAGCAUGCAAGAACUCAUGCAAGUCCAUGCCCUUGUAAUACUGCUUGGGUUUGACUCUGUAACAUCAAUAUCAAAUGCAUUUGUAACUAUGUAUUCUAGAAGUGGAGAUCUUGAAGCCGCUGAAGAUGUUUUCAAGGCCUUGCAGGAUAAGGAUAUUGUGUCAUGGACAGCUAUGAUAUUGGCAUAUUCAAAUCAUGGAUAUGGGAAAUAUGCAUUGCAGGUAUUUGCCUGUAUGUUGAGGUCUGGGACCAAGCCAAACCACAUUACAUUCGUGGGCGUGUUGUCCGCUUGUAGCCAUGCAGGUUUUAUUGAGAAAGGCCGAAGGAUCUUUGACUCAAUGAGAAACGGUUAUGGCCUGGAACCAAAAGCGGAGCACUAUUCAUGCCUUGUCGACCUUCUGGGUCGAGCAGGUCACAUCAUUGAGGCUGUGAAAGUGGUGAACGGAAUGCCACCAGAAAAGAAGGAUGGAGCUCUUAUAGGGACACUGCUUGGUGCAUGCAAUUUGCAUGGGAAUGUUGAUGUUGCAAAUCAGUUAGAGGAGAAACUUUUAGAGAUGGAUCCAACUGGCUCAGGAGGGUACGUGCUUUUGGCUAAUCUAUAUGCAGGACAAGGUAAAUGGGAUGAUUUGGCACGAGUAAGGAAGAAGAUGAAGGAUAAGCAGGUGAGGAAAGUAGCUGGUUUUAGUCAAAUUACAGUUAAGGACAAAACUUAUGCGUUCUUUGUUGGAGGUAAUUCACACCCACAGGUGAAGGAAAUAUAUGCAAUGUUAAGAGAGACGCUUCUACCACCGAUGAAGGAUAUCGCUUACUUGCAUAACAACCCCUUUAUUCUUGUAUAGUAGUUCUGGAUGCAAAUAUGUUAGUUGAUUCAAAUACAUUUAGAGGGAUUUUCAAUUUCACUGUCUAAGACCUGGAAGUUAGAACAUAUGCACCACCUGUGGCAUUCCCUGCGGAAGUGGUGGGAGACGAAAUGGUAAAGAUAAAUCUCAUUGAUCUCCAAAGAACAUUUCCAAGUAUAUAUAAGAAGGAAGGCUGCAUAACUUCUAAGACCUGUAAUACUCUAAAUUUCAAGGAACUGGGAUUUGGCAACUUUACGAGGAAAGAUAUGGGGUGCGGCAUUAGCAAUUGGUUGUGGCAAAGGAGCUAUUAAAUUUUGAAACCUAUUUGUUUGAGAACUAGUCCAUAAUAGAUGCGUCGUUGGCAAGGCCAUUUCUCUAUCUUUUGAUUCUUAUCUAUACUAAGAUGUAUAGGAUUCUCAGUGGCAUUUUAUUUGGGGCAUGAUCUCAGGUGAUCGGAAGUUUGGAACCAACAAAAUUCAUGAUACUUCUGUUUAGAAACAUAACUUGGCAGAAGGAAAUGGGUUGACUACCUCUCCUGUUAUAAAGAGGCUUCAGAAGAACUCCUUAAAGGAAUACAAGGUGGGGAAGAUCAGAAGUGCUUGUGGAGACUAGGUACCAUCGCCAUAUCUUAAUUAGCCUUCCUCCAACAUUGCAGACGAAAAAUAGCUAAAAGAGCCUCAUUGGAUUCCCAAAACGGAAUUUUGUCGGUCAAAUUAUUAGGAGGUUCUUACUGUAUGGAGAGGCUGCUAGCUUUUCUUUUGAGUUUUCUUAGGCAGCCUGGACGGCUUUUCUCACCGCUAAAGGCGUAUCUCGGCGAUUACUUUAACUGUAAGAAUUCGUUGUUUAUCGUUUUACUCUAGUAAUCAUCCUUUAGUAAUUGUUUCAC